GACCGAGGAAAGUGAUUUAUGGACAUUGAGUUGACAAGCAGCCGCCGGCAGGGUCAGUGUGGGUUGCUCGUCAGGCACUUUUUGUUCCUUUGCAGUUAUAACAACCAACAGAAGAAGAAUUACAAGCCAUGGCGCCUACAAUAUAUGAGAGUUCAACAAGAAAAGGUAGUGGCCCUAGCAGACCUUCCCUAGAGGCUGAGCUCAGGGAGCUGUUAGGCAAGAGGAUCAUGAUACUAGAUGGAGGGAUGGGCACCAUGAUCCAGGAGAGGCGAUUGGAGGAGGAACACUUCAGGGGGGAGGAGUUUAAAGACCACACCCACAGCCUGAAGGGCAACAACGACCUGCUGAGCAUCACCCAGAGUGAUGUCAUCUACAAUAUACACAAGGAAUACCUGCUUGCCGGGGCCGACAUCAUUGAGACAAACACGUUCAGUAGCACCUGUAUCGCCCAAGCCGACUACGGACUGGAACAUUUGGCUUAUCGUAUGAACAAAGUGUCAGCAGAGAUCGCCAGGAAAGCAGCAGAUGACGUCACCAACCAGACAGGUUGUAAGAGAUACGUGGCGGGCGCCAUGGGCCCCACCAAUAAAACCCUGUCUGUGUCUCCCUCGGUGGAAAGACCAGACUUCAGGAACGUCACCUUUGAUGAGCUGGCUGAGGCCUACGCUGAGCAGGUCCGGGGUCUGUUGGAUGGAGGAGCGGAUAUUAUCAUGGUGGAGACCAUCUUUGACACGGCCAACGCCAAGGCAGCACUGUUUGCUAUCGACAAACUGUUUGAAGAGAGCUACGAACCAAGACCUAUAUUUAUAUCAGGCACCAUCGUGGACAGGAGUGGUCGUACUCUCUCGGGACAGAUUGAUUGUGUUUCUAGAUAUCAGGCACCAUCGUGGACAGGAGUGGUCGUACUCUCUCAGGACAGAUUGAUUGUGUUUCUAGAUAUCAGGCACCAUCGUGGACAGGACUGGUCGUACUCUCUCAGGACGGAUUGAUUGUGUUUCUAGAUAUCAGGCACCAUCGUGGACAGGAGUGGUCGUACUCUCUCAGGACAGAUUGAUUGUGUUUCUAGAUAUCAGGCACCAUCGUGGACAGGAGUGGUCGUACUCUCUCAGGACAGAUUGAUUGUGUUUCUAGAUAUCAGGCACCAUCGUGGACAGGAGUGGUCGUACUCUCUCAGGACAGAUUGAUUGUGUUUCUAGAUAUCAGGCACCAUCGUGGACAGGAGUGGUCGUACUCUCUCAGGACAGAUUGAUUGUGUUUCUAGAUAUCAGGCACCAUCGUGGACAGGAGUGGUCGUACUCUCUGGAC